AUGGAAGGUCACUUCCUGGUCCGAUGUCUUUAUGAUGAUUCUGUAUCCUAUGAUCUUGUUGGUGCAGCCUCACAAGUUCUUGGCAUUCCUGCCAGUCAAAUUCUUGAAUUAUUUGGUGAGAAAUUCUUCGACUUUUGCCAAGAAUCCGGUUACGACAAAAUCCUGCAAGUGCUUGGAGGAACAACCAAGGAUUUCCUCCAAAACCUUGAUGCCCUCCACGACCAUCUGGCCACCAUUUACCCAGGUAUGCGAGCGCCAUCUUUCCGAUGUUCUGAGAGAGAAGAAGAUGGCGCGACUAUUCUUCACUAUUAUUCCGAUCGUCCUGGGCUGGAAUAUAUCGUCAUUGGCAUUGUAAAAGCGGUGGCACGCCAAGUACACAAUUCAGAGGUCGAUAUGGAGAUAAUCAAAACAAAAGGGGACCUUUGCGAUCACGUUCAAUUUGCCAUCAUUGAACGUCAAGACCAGAAAGAAAAUGUCAAGGUUGAAUUGGAUGCUAAUGAAAACACUCUAUCGAAUGAACCGAAAAUAAGUCCGGCCACUUUUUGUAGAUCAUUUCCUUUCCAUGUGUUGUUUGAUCGAGAGCUUGUCAUCUGCCAAGCGGGGACGUCCAUUAACCGAGUCAUUCCUGAAAUUAUGGAGAAAAAAGUCAAAAUAAGCGACGUCUUCGAAAUGAUUCGCCCCCACAUGGAACUGGACUUUCACAACAUCUUGGCCCAUAUCAACACCGUUUAUGUUCUGCGGUCACGUAAGAUUCUCAACAAUGGAGCUUUUGUGACUGAAAAUGAUAACUGCUCUAUGUAUCAACAUGAUACCUCCAGACUACGGCUUAAAGGCCAAAUGAUUUACGUUCCUGAGAGCGAUUGUGUCAUGUUCCUCUGCUCUCCCAGUGUGAUGAACCUAGACGAUCUGAACAGACGAGGGCUCUACCUGAGUGACAUCCCUUUACACGAUGCCACAAGGGAUUUAGUGCUUAUGUCCGAACGUUUUGAGGCCGAGUAUAAACUGACUCAGAAGCUGGAAGUUUUAACAGACAAACUGCAACAGACUUAUCGGGAACUGGAAGAUGAGAAACGAAAAACUGAUCGAUUGAUGUAUUCUAUAUUGCCUGCAUCUGUGGCGAACGAAUUACGACACAACCGUCCUGUGAAUGCCCACAAAUAUGAAAAUGUUACCAUCAUGUUCAGUGGCAUAACAGGUUUCAGUGAUUUCUGUGCCAAUAACUCAGAUGCCAGAGGCGCUAUGAAGAUUGUCCAGUUCCUAAAUGACAUCUACACAAAGUUCGACGUGCUGCUCGACCCAAAGGUCAACCCCGAUGUCUACAAAGUGGAGACGGUCGGAGAUAAAUACAUGGCUGUCAGUGGCCUUCCAGAACCGUGUGAGACACAUGCAAAGUGUAUUGCUCAUCUGGCGCUAGACCUCAUGGAUAUUUCUUAUGGACUGACAGAUCCGGAUGGAAAUCCUCUCGUGAUAACAAUUGGCAUUCACACGGGUGAGGUUGUGACAGGUGUCAUAGGUAAAAAGAUGCCUCGUUAUUGUCUGUUUGGCAACACUGUCAACCUAGCCAGUCGGACAGAGACGACAGGGGUGAAAGGAAAAAUUAAUGUUUCCGAAUAUACAUACAGAUGCCUGCAAAUAACUGAAAGCCAGGACGACAGUUUCAACUUGGACUACCGAGGCAAAGUUAUGAUGAAAGGCAAAAAAGAACCGAUGGAGUGUUGGUUUCUAAAUCGAAAAGUGGUUGGAAACUUCGAGACCAACAUUACAACUCUCUCUCUCACUCUCUGUCUGCUUGCCUGUCUGUCUUUCUCUCUCUCUCUCUCCCUUAAUUCUAACUUCCCCUCUUUCUCUCUCUCUCUUUCUUUCUUUCUUUCUUUCAUUCUCUUUCUUUCUUUCUUUCUUUCUUUCUUUCUUUCUUUCUUUCUUUCGUUCAUUUUCUCAUUGAAACCAAAUAGUGUCUUUUCUCCUCUUUACACGCAACCCAAAGCGAAAUAG